AUGCCGGCAGGGAUGAGCGGCUCGGGAAUGCCGGCAGGGAUGAACGGCUCCUCGGCGGGGCUGCCGGGCGGGAUGAGCGGCCCGGCGGGGCUCCCGGGAGCGCUGCCCGGUGCCGGGGGACUCCCGGGAGGGCCGAACGGCUCGUCGGCGGCGGCUGCGGGGCUGCUGGCGGGGGCCGGGGGCGCGGCGCUGGAGCUGGAGCGGGCGCUGCGCUGCUGCACCGCCGCCUCCGUGGUGACCGACGGCAGCGGCGCGGCCGAGGAGCGCAGCCUGUACAUCAUGCGGGUCGUGCAGAUCGCCGUCAUGUGCGUCCUCGCCCUCACCGUCGUCUUCGGCAUCUUCUUCCUCGGCUGCAACCUGCUCAUCAAGUCCGAGGGGAUGAUCAACUUUCUGGUGAAGGACCGCCGGCCGUCCAAGGAGGUGGAGGCGGUGGUGGUGGGGCCGUACUGACCGCCCGGCCCCGGGACAGCGCCCGGCCCCGCCGCGGACACGCCGCCGCCUCGGCUCGGAGCUUUUUCCUCCUUCAAAACCGUCCCACGGACGAUUCCCGGGAUCCCGGAGGCCUCGGAGCCGCCCGGCCCGUCCCGUCCGCCCGCGGGCUGCCAAGUAAA